AUCCAAAUGGAUUAUGUUGGCAAAUUGGGCGACAGUAAAGAGGAGAGCAACAAAACCUGCUGCACGUUGUUGUGUGUUUGCAGCAGGUAUGAGGUGGAGACACUGACACAUUUAAUAGUCUGCCAGGUUUCUUUAGGAAAAGACUGAAAUAACGAAGGAAAGCCCUGGAGCAUCCUGGAGCAGGUGCAGAAGACUGUGAGCUGCCUCUGAGAAGCUUUUUUUGUCUUUAAACUACAUUUGUUUGUAGAGCAGCGCCAACGUUUAUCGUUUUACAUCCAGGACAACAUGAAUUAGCAUUUUUUGGGAAAAAAUCUUCUUGAAGUUUACCUUAUCAUAAUGGGAUAGUGUCACCUGUGGAGUUCGUUGAAAUAUGAUGGAGGACCUUCAUGGUCAAGAAAACAUUUUUGGAACAAACUUUUCUGAGCCAACAAAAUGAAUCCAGCCUUUAAAAACUCCUUAUGAUUCUCAGAGAUUGUGAAUCUUUCUCCAAAACUUUUGCGGAGUCAGAUCUGCAGGGAAGUUGACAUCUGGGUUUGGCAACAAGAUGAUGCCUAUAUCAUUUGGAUUCACUGAGUUCUUGGGAAUUCUUGUGUUCUUCUUCCUGUGGACCACAGCUCAGGCUCAGAUGAAAAUCCCGCCGGAAACGGUGCAGCAGUGGGCGAACACAUUCUCCGUUCAACUCCGUGAAGUCACCACCAAAUACUCUGGCUCUCUGCUGCUGCAGAAGAAACUCAAAGAUGUGGAGUCCAUCAUUCAGAUUGUGGAGCUGGAUGGAGAAGAGCUGGUCAAAGACUUUUCAAAUGAAAUUGAACGAAUGUUGGGAAGCAAAAUGAAGUCAGUGAAGAGAUUGGCCGAGGCAGCUGAAGACGCUGACCUGUACCAUGACUUCAAUGCUACUUUAGCGUUCGAUUACUACAACUCCAUGAUGAUCAACUCUCCAGACGAGGAUGGAAACUACCCUGAACUCGGUGGGGAGUUCCCGCUGGAGGAGAACGAACAUUUUAACAACCUGCCGGUGAACACGCAGCAAAGUGACAUCCAGGUCCCCACCAACGUCUACAACAAAGAACCUGCCAUUCUUAAUGCCAUCUACAAUUCAGAGGCUUUAAAUGACGUCUUCAUCAACAACUUCCUGAAGGAUCCCACACUCACAUGGCAGUACUUUGGCAGCUCCACUGGCUUCUUCAGGAUCUACCCUGGUAUUAAAUGGACUCCUGACGCCAACGGUGUAGCAGCGUUUGACUGCAGGAACAGAAACUGGUACAUCCAGGCAGCCACGUCCCCUAAAGACAUCAUUAUCAUGGUGGACAUCAGCGGCAGCAUGAAGGGUCUGAAGAUGACCAUCGCCAAACACACCAUCAACACCAUUCUGGACACACUGGGCGAGAACGACUUUGUCAACGUCAUCGCUUACACUGACUAUAUCCGUUAUGUGGAGCCAUGUUUCAGAGGGACACUGGUCCAGGCCGACUUGGACAACAGAGAGCAUUUUAAGAUGCUGGUGGAGGAGCUGCACGUCAAAGGUGAAGCAAAGAUCAAGAACGCCAUGAAGGAAGCUUUCAAAAUCCUCAAUGAGGCCAGAGUGAACGGUCAGGGCAGCAUGUGUAACCAGGCCAUCAUGCUGAUCACAGACGGAGCCAUGGAGGAUUUUGAGUCUGUCUUUGAGGAGUUUAACUGGCCUGAGCGCAGGGUGAGAGUCUUCACUUAUUUAAUAGGCAGAGAGAUGACCUUCGCCCAGAACACCAAGUGGAUCGCCUGCAACAAUAAAGGUUACUACACCCAUAUCUCCACACUGGCUGAUGUGCAGGAGAAUGUGAUGGAGUAUCUGCAUGUGCUGAGUCGGCCAAUGGUCAUCAACCACGACCAUGACAUCAUCUGGACGGAGGCCUACAUGGACACUGUGCUCCCUACCACCAAGGAGCUCUUCACCACUAAGGCCCAGAGUCUGCUGCUGAUGACCUCCGUGGCCAUGCCAGUCUUCAGCAAGAAGAAGGAAACGCUGUCCCAUGGGAUCCUGCUGGGUGUAGUUGGCACAGACAUCCCACUGCUGGAAGUGAUGAAACUGGCGCCCAGAUAUAUGUUGGGAGCACAUGGAUAUGCCUUCCUCAUUACCAACAACGGUUACAUCUUGGCUCACCCUGACCUUCGACCUCUGUAUAAAGAUGGGAAGAAAUUGAAGCCUAAGCCAAAUUACAACAGUGUGGAUCUGUCGGAGGUGGAGUGGGAGGACACAGAUGAGACGCUGAGAACAGCCAUGGUGAGAGGAGAGACCGGCAGCUUAACGAUCAACAUCAGAGCGUCCGUGGACAAAGGGAAAAGACCUCUUUACCUGAUCAAUGACUAUUUCUACACCAACAUUGAUGAGACACCUUUCAGCUUUGGAAUGGUGCUGACAAAAGGUCACGGAAAGGUGUUAUUUCGAGGAAAUGUGUCUGUGGAGGAAGGACUGCAUGAUCUCACCUCACCUGAUGUGAGCAUUGCUGCUGAGUGGACUUACUGUGAGACAGACAUUGACCCUGCACAUCGGAAACACACACAGCUUCAGGCUGCGGUUCGAUAUCUGUUGGGGAAGGACCCUGAACUAGAAUGUGACGAGGUGUUACUGCAGCAGAUGCUGUUUGAUGCCGUGGUCACUGCUCCCCUGGAGGCCUAUUGGAACGCCCUGAUGCUAAAUGACAGGGUGGAACCUGGAGCUGAGACAGCUUUUCUUGGCACUCGUUCCGGUCUGAUGAGAAUCAUCCGAUAUGCAGGGAUGGAGACCAGAGUGGCAAAAAAGUUCCUGACUGCAUCGGACAAAGACAACCUGUUCACCAUGGAUCACUUCCCUCUGUGGUACCGUCUGGCUGUGGAAAACACUCCUGGAAGUUUCUACUACUACAUCGUUAAUGACAAAGGAGUCAAGUACAUAAUUGCAACAACCUCUGUGACGGUGUCUUCUAAAGGAAAGACGGCUGUGGCAGGAGCUAUUGGGGUGCAGAUGUCCUUGGAUAUGCUGGAGAAGAGAUUCUGGACCAUUGCAAAGCAGCCCAGUGAUACAGAUUGUUCAACAGUAGAGGGCGUGUGUCCACUGAGCUGUGAGAGUGCUGAUCUCAACUGUUUCCUGGUCGACAAUAAUGGCUUUGUUUUGCUGUCCAAAGAGAGGAAUGAGGUUGGUCGUUUCUUUGGCGAGGUGGAUGGUUCUGUCAUGGCCUCACUCAUCAAGAUGGGAAUGUUUAAAAAGGUGUCGUUGUUCGACUACCAGGCCAUGUGUAAGAACAGUCACCAUCACUCCAGCGGUGCCAGACCUCUGCUCAGUCCGUUUUAUGGGAUUGUGGCUUUAAUCAGGUGGUUCUUCUCUAACGCACUGAUGUUCCUCCUGGACUUUAACUUCUGUGGUCUCUGGCACUCGGACUAUUUUGUGGACGCCAAGGCUGGUUAUCACACAACUCAUAAGCAGAAGAAGGUGGAGGCGAUGAAGCCGUGUGACACAGCCUAUCCUGGCUUCAUGUACGACUCCACCGUCAAAGAGGCCAACAGUCUCAUCAAGUGUGGACGCUGCCAGAAGAUGUUUGUGGUGCAGCAGGUUCCUGACAGUAAUCUGGUUCUGGUGGUGACUGAGGCCGACUGUGAUUGCUCCCGUCAGUAUGGAACCAUUCCCUUGGAGCCCAAAGAGAUCAAAUAUAACGCCACAGUGAAGUGCAACAGGAUGAAAUCCCAAAAGAUCCGACGUCGCCCAGAGUCCUGCCACGCCUACCAUCCGAAGGAAAACGCUAAGGACUGUGGCGGGGCGUCGACCAUUUCCCUGUCAGUUCUCCUGUUCUCCCUCUCUCUGCUGGUCUCACUGGUGCCGCACACUGGACAUAUACCAGCACCAACCAAUCAGAUGUCGCUGUAGAGCUCGAGGAAGUGUUUCGCACAAGAACUUGUGAGACAGUUGUUUUUCUCUGCUUUUCAAACGGCUUCAAUCUGCAGUGGAAGUAAAACUCAGACGGCGGCUGAACAAACUGGCCAUGAGCUGCAGAGGAGAAAAAGGACUAUUUUUUAACACGAAGAAGACGCAUGUUGUAGCGGGCGUAGAGCACCCUCGUGUGGACAGAAAUAAAAAGUGCAUCUAUAGGGUAAGAGAAAUGUCAUGCAUACACAAAAUGUUGUACUUUAGCCUUUUGAUGAGGACGCUGUGUAGAAGUAGAUUUUUUUACAUUUCAAUUCUUUAUCUGUAGUUUGAAAAAAGACUGAAAAACAACAUAAAACAAAGAAGCCAAGUAUCUGAGCCGUUUUUGACACGAGGAGAACUCUGCAGCUUUAUUGUGUAACUUACAACAUAUAUGUAUAAUUUAUACACUAUAUUUGAACACUGUAGGUAACAGUUUUGUUUAACUUUUCUUACUGUGCGUCUUUUUUCACAUUCACAUUUAUGACAAAAUAAACAACGUUCAUCAUACACUAUUUUACUUUUUUUUUUUUUUACUAUUUUAAUACACUAUUAUUUUGGAGUUCGAAUAUAAAGAUAUUAAAUCUGGUAUAUAAAAAAAGAAAAAACAUACAGAAGCGUUUUUGGCUUAAAAUAUGUGUUUUUGUCACUGUCUUUAAUGGAUUAGACAUUUUAAAUAGACCAGUCCCGCUUUACGUUGUACUGCACAGCAAUUUUAGCCAAAUUGAACAUUUUGUCCCACUUUUUCAUUCGACAUUACACAAUUGAAAAUCAACUAUUUCAUGUGCCUGGCUGUCUAUGGGUAGUCUAUCAGCAAUGAUAGGUGACUUCGUGGAUAAGGCGGAAGCUGACAGGCUGAGGGGUGUGUCAAUCAAACUGCUGACUCGCAGCAAUCACACACACACUUUAGCGUCUGACAUUGUAUAGCGCGUAGUUGUUUUGAUACUGUGAAGGCGCCCAUGUACAGUGUGCCGAAAAAAAAGAUGUUUUUUGUCUGAGACCGGUGGGUGGAGAUUCUGGACCAGCAUUCUGGAAUUGGCGUAAAAACGGCUUUUCUGUCGGGCAUGGAAGUGACUUUGAUGGGAAACGACACGGUGCAAGUGAGUCUCACUACAACUACACAAGUACACAACAGAAAACAUCCAAAGGUGUACAGUAUUUUUUUGCAAACUGAGUUGGAUAAAAUUACUGCAGUAAUAGUUACCAGUGUUUACUAUGCAGUGCAAUCUGCACAUUCAUAUCGGUUAACCGACUGCAGAAUAUCUCAAGAGAGAUUCAGGUCAAAGUUCACUCUGGACACAGCUGUAUAGAGUUCUACCACGAUGUAGAAUAUAUAUUCAUGGCCACUGAAUCUUGUUAUAGCAUAGGUUUUAACAUUAGGUUGCUUUUCUGCUACUAAUGUGUUUCAGAAACGUGCUAAUCCUAGUACUGAGAAAGGCUGUUGGCCUGCCACCUGCUGGAUUGUGAUGAAAAAUCUGUUUAGUGGCGCUGGGUUAUUUCUACUAUUUAUUUUCAUGAUUUCACAGAUGGCCAUAUAAUCCACAGGAGUUGUUGGUUUUACAGAGAUCUGUUUACAAUGAAAUGGUUGAUUUUGACAUCAGGUCAUAUUUUGUUGCACCUUAUCUGCUUAUUUUAUGUUAAAUAUGGAAGAAUUAAGAUUAAAUAUGUGUGCUUUUCAAGUUUAGAUCAUGUCUUGGAUACUAUAGAGUUUUUGUUGGUUAUAUGGAGAUGAAGGCGAAAUACAUGCAUGUUACUAAAAGUGCUGGUUUUAAUUGAUUGAGGCUGUCCCUCAUUAUCCCACUGUUCUUUAAAUGCCCUAAUUUUUUAGACAAAUGCAUAAAAAUACUAUUUUGAAAAAUAAUUUUGCAAAAAUUUUCUUCAAAAUGUAUUAGUGUUUGACCAAAAAUUUUGACAGCAAAUUUAAUUUAAAAAAUUUUGAAAGUUCCGUAA